UAAUUCCACACACAUAUCUGAAAAAUUGCUGCCUUCAAUCUCUGCAAAUUAGAGCUCUGUACAACUUGUAAGCAAUGGCUGCUCACAUCAAUACAUCUGUUGAAGUUCAGAUUCAGACAGUGGAUGUUGUGGAUAUAGUAAGUGCAAAUACACUACAUUAUGAAGAUAAGGUAGUUUGUACUGAUGUGACAGAGGUUUCAGUGAAGGAGAAUAUUAAUGUUAAUCAACAAAUUGAAAAUAAUGAUGUGGCGGACACAUCAUCAGAUGAUGAUAAGGAAAGGGUGGGGUGGCAGGAAAAAGAAAAGGACGAUGUGGUAGAGGGUUCACUAGAAGAGAAUGUUAUUGUCGAAAAUAAAGAUGUGAUAAAUAUGUCAUCAAGGGAUAAGGAGGGGGUGGAGCCACAGGGAAAAGAAAAGGAUGUUGUGGUAGAGACUCCGACAAAGAAGAACAUUGAAGCUGAUGAACAAUUUGAAAAUAAUGAUGUAGCAAAUACAUUAUUAGAUGAUAAAGAGAAGGUAGCGUUGCAAGCAAAAGUAGAAGCAAACGAUGAAAAUGAUAAUGAUGAUGACAAAGAGAAAGUAAUUCAGGAGGUAUCUGAUUCAGCUGAUGGCAUGGCGUUCCCCAUUAUAGCAAAAGGAAAAGAAGAAACAAAGAUUAAGAAACAAGGUACUUUCAAGAUAGUCAUAAAAUCCAUUGGUAGAAAAGUAAUGCAAACAGUGAAAUAUUGGUCAAAAACAACUUCUAAAUUUUUUUAUUUUUAUAAAAAAUAAAAUCAAAAAAUUAGUCAAAAAUUGAAUACAAUAGUAAAGAUUUUGUAUUGAAGUAAACAUUAUAAAAAAAUGUUGGGUUGCCUUAUUAUUGCCAUAUACAUGGGCUGUAGAUAUUAUGGCCCUUCAAAGGCUUUUCUUUUUGUGUUUGGAAUAUGGAAGAGACAUAUGAAUAUGU